CAUAUCAGCUAAUGAAAACCAGCCACACAAUGACCCUCAGAUAAGUCGCGUUGUUUUCUUGAUUUAAGUAGCCCAAAACUAUCGCCCAAAGCAAGUAUGGUUUGCUUAUCUGGUUCUGACAACGGAGUUCAGCCCUUUUGGACCAAUCUUUGAAUUCAAAAUCGGCUGACCCCCAUACUUCGGGAGAAAGGAUUGACAAUGAAACUAUACCAUGACAACCGAUGAUGUUGGAAGAGCUUCGACGGAUAGCUGCAGUUAAGAGGUAAAGCGAUGCGUAGAGAAUGGAUUGACUGACGCGACUAAAACAAUUGAGUCUUCCAAAAUUUAAGAUCUCAAGUUAUUCGUAAAUUUCUUAAAUUAUUCUUACUCCUAUGUUUUGGUUCAAAUCUCUUCUGGUUAGUAAUUUACGCUGUUUACUUUCUGAUUACCAUAAAAAUAUAUAAAAUUGGUUUAUGGUACACUUGUUGUUAGUGAUCGAUACCACAGCGCUUAUCUGCCCAGGGGAGUUCCAAGUUUGUUUUUCAUAUUUAGAUUUGAAUAGGUUAUCAUUUAGUUUACUUUUAUUAUUGAUUUUGCAAGUGCCUAUGCCAGUGUCUACAACCAUCGGAUGAUGGCUCUAUCCGUUGCUAAAAAACAGGAGAGAAAAUAAAAUCAAUCCAAUUCACCACUUAUCUUUCAACACAUUCCAAUCUGACCCAAGGUUCCAAAAGCAUCACUCAAGUCAGUUGUGUAAGUAUCAGUUUUAACCUUAGACUUAGACGUAGUUUAUGGUUCUUCUAAAUUCAGACUAGAUAUAUCCUUGGCGUUUUAACUUUUAUCACUUUGACAUUAAAGAUAUUAUUACAUCAAGAGAUAACCCACUCUACUUCCCCAUCCGCCAUCUCAUAGUUUAUAGUUUGCUUCUUGAAUUACAGCUUUUCUUCCGGGCCCUUGAUUUCCUCUACUUUUCCAAGUUUUCCCUCUAAUCCCGGGGUCUGAUUAUAUAACUGAUGACAUCUUCUGAAAAUUAAUUAUUUCCUUAUUUAUCUUUUUUUUAGAUUUUCAAAGUGCUAAUAUAAUUAUCUAAAAAUAACUGAAACAAAAUUGUCAGAUGAAAUAAUUUUUGAAAAAAUAUGUCAUUGCCUUGAAGUUUGCUAAAUUUCCGUAAUUGUUUCGUUUUCUUUGAGGAGAUGCUGUGAUUGGCCAACUUUGAAGUAAUCAGUUUAACAAAUCUGACUUUCAAUUUUCUCACUGCAACCUAUGAAUUUACCUCCUAAGCAAAGCAAAUAUGUUUCCUCAACUAUACUUUUACUGAUUUUAAAUUAUUUUUAUUUAUUUAACCUGCAACGAAAUCAAGAAAAAUUAUUAGCAAAUACUUCUAUUUUCGAUAAUCAUCACUUCACAAUUUGCCCUGGUGGUGAAUAUUUUUUGGUUUCCAUUAUUAAAUUAUCAAGUUAGCUAGUUACUUGUUUUGCUAACUUCUGAUUAUCAGUCUCUAAUACAAAGCUCUAGUUUUAACUUCCGCAAUUUCGCUGCUUGUUCAUUUCAGUUCAAAAGAAAACUCAUUUAAGUUUCUAUAUCAAAGCACUUCACUUAAAAUCGGCAAUUUUUCCCCGGUUUAUGUCAGACGUUUUUAUUGGUAGUCAUUAUAAAUUUUCAUCGCAUACUUGAAAAAUUCAUUUUUUGCUCUUUUUUAUUUCUCUCCUCAUUUUAUGUAGUCUCAGAAUACCAAUCAAAUUAGUCAUGAAUAAUGUAUCAGAAAAUUUUAAUGUAAAUGUUGACAACGGAAGCGAAGUGGAUUUGAAAAUGCCAGGAAAAGUGACAAAAGUUCAGAACUUAUCGAAAAAUUCGACCUUUAACGAAUCAUUUGAGGAUGCAGCUAUGGAGUUUAUUAUUACGGACCCCAUAGUUUAUGCCCUGUUUAGCGUUCUGACAGUUAUCGGCUCAUUUAUAAUCGUGUGGUUGUUUGUAACAACUAAAAAAUUGAGAUCGAUUACUGGUUAUUUGAUGGUUUCGAUAACCGUUAUUGACACGUGUACUGCGUUGUUCAUUUUGGCCCCUUCGGUUUACACGACUAUCGCGAGACGAGUGCCAUGGGAACACACGACACUAUGUUCACUCCAGGCCUACUCUAACAUGUUUCUGCAGAACUUCAAAGCGUGUCUCAUAAUGCUGUGUGCAUUGGAUCGAUGCUACUCCCUGCUCAGGCCUUUUGCAUACCUGCGACAGGUCACAAAAAGAGUGCUGCUGAUUUCGAUCAUUCUCAUCACACAUUUCGCCCUCAUCAUGCCCGUGUACCUAUGGGGGUACUGUGGGUGGGAGGGGUCCCCUGAUGGCUCCCCCAUGUGCUGGCCCACACUUCAGGACAAAAGGUCAAAAUACAUUUACUGGAUCUCAAUCGCACUGGACCUUAUUUGUCCGGGCAUUGUAGUUGUCGUGUGCUACGGGCUGAUUGUCGUGAUUGUGGUGAAGCAACGGAAAGCGAUUCAAGAACAGAAACAAAUGAUGACGUUGUCAACCUUUUCAACGAGAUGCAACGACUCGACGAACAGAAUGACAACGUCUCAUGCAACCGAGCAGGACUCGGAUCCGAACGGCAACACUCGGGUCGAUUUUAUGAACUCGUCGCCGAAUGAACAAAAUUGCGACGAUAAACAACCGGACAACAAGAUCUCUUCUACUAUCAACGCUAUUAAGAGUCACAAUAUAGCGAAUGCGGGAUUAGACUGGAUUCAACAUUUGGCAGCUUGUAAAAUGCUGUUUUUGGUGACCGUUUUGUACUUUUUGACGCACGUUCCGAUUUACAUAGCCGAUCAUUUCUUUGUGUCGAGCGAUGUUCUGAUGACCCUAUGCAACUAUCUCGCGUAUUUGAGUACGUGGACAAACGUGUUCAUUUAUUAUAACACGGACAGCUUUUUCAAAAAUGCAGCCAAUGCCAUGUAUAAAACAGCUGCCAUGCCUCACACUGUUAAACUGGACAACACAAGACGGGCUACUUCAAUGUCGACGGCGCUAUAACCUACCCAAACCCCAAAAAAUUCGCACGCAGAUGAGAGAAGGAAAAAAGAGCCGGCCUCCUGAUUAGAUUGUUUGCAGCUCAAAAGCGCACCUGUAUAAUACUGACAAACUCUUAACCUACCCACCCCGUCGUCUUGCUUCUUCAUAGAAGGAUUUGCGUGAAAAACUAUGUUGUUCUUCCCAAGAUAAAAACUGCAUCUUAUCAACCCAAAAAUCAUGUCCAUUAACGAAACAAUCGCUUUGUAUGAAUAGACAUUGUCUAUCAUGCAUUUAUGUGUACGCGAAUAUUGAUUUAUCAAUUUACCAAAGAAACUGACGUCAAACAAAAUUUGACUGCCAUUCAAAAUGAGCAGAAAGAAAUGAAAAUCAAGAAAAGAUAUUUAGGAAAAAACGGUUUCUAAGGUAAAAAUACUUUUUCUUUUCAUACCAGCGCCUGCGUUCAACUCAUAGACAUUAGACAUAGUCUAUCAAACUACCGCUUUUACUAUUUUUGUUUAAAAAGCCUGCGCAAUUUGAAUGAGGUCUAAUUAUGCAAUUUGCUUAUUGCUCUGAGAAUACAUUACUGAUUUUAUGCUAAACUUGCAGUAUAAGUAAUUUUUGUAAUUGGUAUUUUGAAAAGAAAAAUAUAACAAGUGCAAAUAUGAUUCGGUUCACUGACGCUUGAUAGGCCAUCGGUUUUGCCUGAAUAAAUUUUACAAUUAUCUCUCAAUUUAUUUUAAAUACCAAUGUUGUUUCAAACUGAAACCUUGUGGUUUAUCAACCUGAUGAAAAAAUUUCGAUAGACCUUGUCACUGCAUUACAAUUUCAACAGCUGAACAGCUUUUGUGUAAAAAUGCUGCCCAAAAAUUUUACCCAAAAUACUCUGUUUAGUAUAUGCGUCAACUAAAUUAUUUAUUUAUUUUUGUUGAAUCGUAUUACAUAGAUGUUUAUUAUGAAAGUUUGAAUUUAAAUA